UGGUAGUAAAUGAACUAGAUAGAUCAUAGAUGUUCGAUGGAACUAAUGGAAGAAAAAGAACUCGAAGAAGCAAUUUCUCAGUAUAACAAACAAUUAAAUCAAAUCGAAGCAGUUUUGCAAAGUGAAACCAAUGAUGAACUCAGUCAACUCAAAGAAGAUCUUGUUGAAAUUAUCAAAAUAAGUGAAGAAAGUCUAUUGUGUUUGAAGAAAGCUAAACUACUAAAGUUGCUUGAUGAAGUUGAUGAAAAUGAUGGAGCAGAGACAUGCUCACUAUAUGAAGAUAAGGAAGGUCCUGACCAACCUAGCUCAUCAUUUUCUUGUGUAUCAGAAAUUGAAAAAUCCAUUGCUGGAACACGAUGCAAAGCACCUUAUUCUUUUGAUUGGGGUGUUGCAGGAUAUUACAAUGCAAUGGUCCUAAGUGUUGAAGAAAUGGACGAUAGUGGUACUCAGGUUUCAAAGGUGCGUGUAUUAUUUACAAAUCCAACACAUAGAUCCAUGCUUCCAUGUCCAUAUUUCCUUGAUGAGAAAUGUAGAUUUGAUGCAAAAGAGUGUAGAUACUCCCAUGGACAUGUGGUAAACAUGGCAGAUCUUAAAGCAUAUGUGGAACCUGACUUCAGCCUGCUACGAAUUGAUGGCAAAUGCCUAGCAAAAUAUGAGGAUGGAAUUUGGUAUAAAGCAACCAUAAUACAUUUGGCUGCAGACAAUGUUGAUGUUCACUAUGAUACGUAUAACAUGGAUAAGAAUGUCAAGCUGGAAGAUGUCUGUCCUAUAGAAGAUCCAGAGGAUGGUUCUGAUGAUGACGAGGACUCGUUAAGUGAAUGUGAAGAGGCUGGGCAGGAGAAAGUGAUUGCUGAAUUUUGCCAAGCCAGCAAUGUUCGAGGCAGCGGUACUUUAGGCGACUGGGAGAUACACACUAAGGGGAUUGCUUCAAAGCUUAUGGCAAAAAUGGGAUACGUUUUUGGGAGAGGUCUGGGAAAGAACGAAGAUGGUCGCGUUGAACCAGUGGAAAUCAUUCUCUUACCGACAGGCAAGUCCCUUGACGCUUGCGCAGAACUUCGUGAAAAGAAUAAACUUAAGCAGCCAUUUAAGAGAAAGAAAAUCAAAGGGAAUCAAACAGCUAAAGCUGGCAUUGAUCAGGCUCCAGUACAAGAUGUGUUCGACUUUAUCAAUAAUACACUUGGAGGAAAAAAAGGAAACAUUGAAGAUUUCAAACAGAACCAACAGUCCACAAUGAUGCUAGAUCGUAGGAAAUCGACAAAAGGCAAAUCUGACAGAAAUUAUAAUGUCGAGUUAUUCAAAUUGGAACAAGAAAAACUGAAAUUACAAAAAAUGUUGAAUAAACAGGAGGUUUCCGUAUCCAGGAAUAAUGGAAAGGACGCCGCUCUUAUUGGACUAGCAAAACAGAAAAUGGUUGAAAUGCGAAAUAAAAUUAAAGACAUAGAAAGACAAGAAAAACUGCUCAAACAGAAAAUACAUCAGAAUAAUGAACAUAAGAAAUUGACAGUCUUCUAAAGAAUUUAAGCCCAGAAGAUUUAAUGCAAUAUAAGUGGGUUAACACCAGAGCGACCCAAAAUUUCGAGCGGCGCCCGGACCAAAACUGUCGUGGGGCCGUUUCGUGAAUGACAUAAAUUGCGCAAUCACUCUUUCCCUCCCCUUGGCCUUGGAUUUACAGGUAUCCCCCUUUAAGGCGGCUAGUAUCGUCGUAUACCUUUUGUUGGAAUUGUAACUUUAAUGAGAAUGUUCCAUACGCAAUUAUGAUUUAAUGGUCAGUAGAAAUAAAAACAGUUGUUGUAUCUGGAAAAUCUUGCAUGGUACGAUGAAAUUCUUACUUCAAAACCGCCAUGGAAAAGCGUUCGAGCGACAAGCGAAGCAUAACUCUCGCCGGAAGCGCAGAGCAACUAAUUUUAUAUCAGUGCCAGGACGAAAAAAUUAUCAAAACAGAACAGUAAAAAUUAAGUAAUUGACAGCGGCUAAAACAAAAUUGAUGCGAUGUUACUAGAGUAAAAUCGCAGCAAAAAUCGGAAGUGUAAACGAGCAUGAGGAACGUCACCCAGCACUCCAAUAGAGACACAGAAAAUAAUGUAGUAAAUUGAAACUAAAACAAAAUUGAUACACUGAACA